CUGUGUAAACUGGCUGUCUCAAACCCAGCUACAUUUACUGCGCAUGCCAAAUAUAUAUUAUGGAUGUUGGAGUCUGCAUCCCGAACAGCUCCACGGACUGAAAAGAUUGCUUCGGGAAGAUUAAAGCUGUGAUUACAAUUUCAUAAUGGCGUCUAUAGAUCCUUAUCAAUAUAUAAUAGUUGAAUAUCAGUAUUCACAUAGAUUGGUAGUAACUGUCCUUAAGGCCACCAAUGUUACCAAAGGAACCUUUGGAGAUAUGCUUGAUACUCCAGAUCCCUAUGUGGAACUAUUCAUUUCAUUAGCACCAGAUGGCAGAAAGAGAACAAAACAUUUAAAUAAUGAUAUUAAUCCGGUUUGGAAUGAAUCAUUUGACUUUAUUUUGGACCCGAAGCUGGAAAAUGUCUUGGAGAUUACCUUAAUGGAUGCUAAUUAUGUGAUGGAUGAAACUCUGGGCACAACAACAUUUCAGAUCUCAUCCUUGAAGCCUGGACAAAAAACAGAAAUUCCUUUUACAUUUAACAAGGUUACAAAGGUUUAUCUGGGAUUCUCACUAGAAGAAUGUUCAUCAACUGAUCUGAGAUUCAGCAUGGCUCUUUGUGAUCAAGAAAAAGUUUUCCGUCAAAAGCGAAAACAUACAGUCAUUAAUGGAAUAAAGAAACUGUUGGGGCCAGAAGAUAGCAAAGAUUUGUAUUCCACUUCAAGAGAUGUUCCAGUAAUUGCAGUUCUUGGCUCAGGAGGAGGAUUUCGUGCCAUGGUUGCGUUCUCUGGAGUGAUGAAGGCUUUGUUUGAAUCAGGAGUUCUAGACUGCAUCACAUAUAUUGCUGGUUUGUCUGGCUCUACAUGGUAUAUGUCUACAAUUUACUCUCAUCCUGAGUUCCCAAGCAAAGGACCAAAGGAAAUAAACCAAGAAGUUAUGAAUAAUGUCAGUCACAGCCCUCUCCUUUUGCUAACACCACAGAAAGUGAAACGCUACGUUGAAGCUUUGUGGAAGAAGAAAAGCUCUGGACAGCCUGUUACUUUCACUGAUGUUUUCUCUAUGCUCAUUGGGGAGACUCUCAUUAAAGACAGAAUGAACAAGAAAUUAAGUAACAUGCAGGAAAAAAUAAGUGAUGGCCAGUGCCCGAUGCCAUUGUUCACAUGCCUCCAUGUCAAGCCAGACGUAUCGGAGCUUAUGUUUGCUGACUGGGUGGAAUUUACUCCUUAUGAAAUAGGAAUGGCCAAAUAUGGUACAUUUAUGCCUCCAGAAUUUUUUGGAAGCAAGUUUUUUAUGGGAACUGUUAUAAAGAAGUAUGAAGAAUAUCCUUUACACUUUUUAAUGGGUGUCUGGGGAAGUGCCUUUUCUAUUUUGUUCAACAGGGUUCUGGGUGUUUCCAGCCACAACAAAGGUGCCACAAUGGAGGAAGAAUUAGAAAACAUUAAACCGAAGCACAUAACGGCCACGGACAAUUCAGACAGUGAAGAUGAACAGCAGGAACCCAAAGGCAGUGAAAAUACUGAAGCCGAAGAGGAAUUUCAGAGAAACAAUCAAGCCAGUUGGGUGCAGCGCAUGUUGAUGGCUUUGGUUAGUGACACCACCCUAUUUAGCACACGUGAAGGAAGAGCUGGCAAAGUACAUAACUUCAUGCUAGGUUUAAACUUAAAUGCAUCAUAUCCUUUGUCACCUUUCGCAAAUUUCAACACACAAGAGUCCGUGGAUGAGGAUGAGAUGGAUGCUGCCAUUGCAGAUCCAGAUGAAUUUGUACAGAUUUAUGACCUGUUGGAUGUGAAAAGCAAGAAAAUACACAUUGUAGACAGUGGUUUGACAUUCAAUCUGCCAUACCCUCUUAUCUUAAGACCUCAGCGAGGAGUUGAUCUGAUUAUUUCAUUUGAUUUCUCAGCAAGACCAAGUGAUUCCAGUCCUCCUUUCAAGGAACUCCUCCUCGCUGAAAAGUGGGCACGCAUGAAUAAGCUUCCGUUUCCAAAGAUAGACCCACAUGUUUUUGACAGAGAAGGAUUGAAGGAGUGUUACAUAUUUCGACCAAAGAACCCAUCAGUAGAAAAAGACUGUCCCACUGUGAUUCACUUUGUGUUGGCUAACAUUGGAUUUAGAAAGUUCAAGGCCCCAGGUGUUCCGAGGGAAACUGUGGAAGAAAAGGAUUUUGCAGAUUUUGACAUCUUUGAUGACCCAGAAAGUCCAUUUUCAACAUUUAAUUUCCAGUACUCAAAUGAGGCAUUUAAAAGAUUACAUGAUCUCAUGGAGUUUAACACUCUCAACAACAUAGAUGUGAUUAAGGAAGCUAUUAAAGAAAGCAUUGACUACAGAAGGCAGCAUCCCUCUCGCUGUUCCGUGUCACUCAAUGAUGUUGAAGCAAGGAAAUUCUUUAACAAGAGCAAACCAGAAAAUUAAAUUCUACAUGAAUAGAUGUUGGUUUAAUAUACAUACAACCCAAUCAAGCACAUUUUUAGUGCAUUACAUGUGUGUAGCCAAACAACUGGUCAAUAUUUAUCAGUAUACCUAAAUAUGAAAGUCAUCAUUGUUCAGCAAAGGUGUAAUACAUAUUAAAAUAAAACAUCACUUUUUUUUUCUAGAUAAGUUUGGUAUGAUAUCUUAUCUGAGUACAUUGUUACUUACACAACACAACUAGAUCCUCUACUUUCACUUUCUUUCCUCCAUCAGAUGUCUGUUAGUGAGACUGAUUAAAUUAUUUAUCAUCUAUGCCUUGUUUUAUAGAGUUUGUUAGGAAGUUAGGACUUUGUCUACAUGUCUCGCCAAUAACCUGGCCGCUAGCCUCUGUCCGCUGCAGUUCUCCUGAAGCAACAAUGGUACUGUGUAAGCAGCAGAUACUGUAGGAGUUGCUGCCGCAAGUUAAGUGAAUGUAGAACCAAAAAUGUGACCCAGCACUGACGAAAUCACAGUAUCAGAAAGAAACCGUUAUAUUCGUUUUAUUGUUUUGUGUUAUUUAAAAUUAUGGAAAUCAUGUCAUCAUUCUACAGAAAAAUAAUUCUAUUUUACAUGUAUAUCUAUAUUUUUGAAAGAUUAUUAAGUAAUCACUACAUUAACCGUAUAACAUGAUUAUUAACCACUGUCAUAAAGUAAAGAAAUAUAAUAUGAAGGAAAUAGAAAAGUGUCUAGGCAUUUGUAAUAAUCUCUUACAGUAAUAAGUCAUAACAUUUCUCUGA